UAAACAAAGAGUAACGGCAGAUAAUUAUUGAGUUGAUAAAAAAAACCAAGCAAAUAAUUAUUGGAAACAGUAACAGCGUUUUCCGGCGACAGUGGAAGUGAAAAUGGAGACGAUGGGUUGCAUAUGGAUGAGGCGACUGCGAAUUUUAACUGCUACUGCUUCCUUUUCACUUCCUUUUCCUCACCUCUCUCUAAAACCACCUCCUCUCUUCUCUCCCCCGCCGCUUCUCGCUCCUGCUUUCUCUUCCACUCGCAGCUCCUUUUCCACCGCCGUCGCCGCAAUUUCAUCACCUCCACUUCCUCACAUGGGUGUUCCAAAGCAAGGUGGAAAAGUAGUUGUUAAAGGAAUGAGCUACCCUGAGCUUGAAAACUGGGUUCAGUCACAUGGAUUCCGACCUGGUCAGGCUAUGAUGCUGUGGAAACGCCUUUAUGGGAAUAAGAACACUACUUUAGCGCAUUCUGUCGAUGAAUUACAAGGUUUGAAUAAGGAUUUUAAGAAAAUGUUGGGUGAACAUGCCGAAUUGAAGGCACUUUCUUUGGAAGAUGUUCGGACUGCAUCUGACGGGACUAGAAAGAUUUUAUUUAGGUUGGACGAUGAGCUCAUAAUUGAGACUGUUAUCAUACCUUGUGAUAGAGGUAGGACAACAGUUUGUGUUUCGAGUCAAGUAGGCUGUGCCAUGAAUUGUCAGUUCUGCUAUACUGGCAGGAUGGGUUUGAAGAGACAUCUGACCACUGCUGAGAUUGUAGACCAGGUUGUAUUUGCACAGCGUCUGAUCUCAAGUGAAAUCGGUGCCAUCACAAAUGUUGUGUUUAUGGGAAUGGGAGAGCCACUUCAGAAUAUUGAAAAUGUCAUCAAAGCUGCAGGUAUAAUGGUGCAUGAUCAGGGUCUUCACUUCAGUCCUCGCAAGGUCACUAUUUCUACAAGUGGGCUUGUCCCUCAACUGAAACGCUUCCUUCGUGAAUCCAGUUGUACUUUAGCUGUUAGUCUGAAUGCCACAACUGAUGAGGUGAGGAACUGGAUUAUGCCAAUUAACCGGAAGUAUAAUUUAUGCUUGCUUCUUGACACCCUUCGGGAGGAACUACAGUUCAGGAAUAACUACAAAGUUCUGUUCGAAUAUGUGAUGCUUGCUGGAGUAAAUGACAGCUAUGAGGAUGCCAAGAGGUUGAUCAAUCUUGUUCAAGGGAUUCCAUGCAAGAUCAAUCUCAUUCAAUUCAAUCCUCACUGCGGUUCCCAGUUUAUGCCAACCAGUAGAGAGAAAAUGAUAGAAUUUCGAAAUAUUUUGGCAGAGGCCAAAUGUGUUGUUUUCUUGAGAGACAGUAGAGGUGAUGAUCAGAUGGCUGCUUGCGGCCAACUCGGCAAGCUCGGGGAUCUUCAAGUUCCCUUGCUACGCGUUCCGGAGCAAUUCCAAACAGCUGUAAACGCUUAAUGUGAUAAAUUAGAUUUAUAUUUGAUACAACUAGAAUAGGCUUGGCAACUUAAUUAUUAAUUUGAUACUGUUCUAUUUACAAUCGUAUGAUUCAAUCUGAACUUUUGAGCUUAGGUAUUUUAUUA